AUAACAUUAUGAACGUGGAAUUAACCAUUGCACUUUUAUUUGAUGUGCACAACGAAAUUUUCCUAAAAUAAUGUUGGACGGUGAAAUCGAGAACACACAAAAAAAUAGAAUUCGUGUGGGUAGAGAUUAUCAAGUGAAAUGUCCCGAGUACAAGGAUCAGUUAGACGACAUCAAGGACAAGGAUCUUUUAGUGUGGAAGCCUUCCGAAGACAUACCCGACGAUAAAAUACGCGAUUAUGUAGAAAUGUCGAAGCAAAAGUAUGGUUACAACGACGAACAAGCUUUGGGCAUGUUGUUUUGGCACAAGUACGAUUUAGAGAAGGCGUCACGCGAUCUGGCCAAUUUCACGCCGUUGACGGAAAAAUGGACGGAGGAGGACAAAAUCGCGUUUCAAGAAGCUGCCAGAGUUGUCGGCGGUGACCUAAACCGGCUGCAAAAGAAGAUGCCGGACAAAACAAUGGGCAGCAUUUUGAAGUACUACUAUUCGUGGAAGAGGACUCCGGCUGCUUUAACUCUGUUGGGUAAAAAACUUAGGAAGAAGUCAACAGCGGCUAAGAACAAUGGCAGCUCAUCGGGAACGAGUUCGGACAACGGAUCACUUGAGGAAACUGGCGACGACGAUGGUGGGAGCCUUGAAAAUGAUGUGCAGAGUGGUCGGCCAUCUGAUGUUAAUGAGGACCAAUUGAGGGCCUUUCUAACCAUCUAAAACGGAUUGGAGAUACCCAAAAGCUCCACAAAUAAAAAUAAAAAUAAUGUACAAAACGACUUCGUUGCUUCCAGAAGGUCUA